CCUCACACACACACACACAUCUUUACCCUCCUUCCUGAAACCCUGCUAAUCCAGUGUGGGUAAUUUCACUUCUCUGUGGAUUACAUUGAAUUAAACAGAGAGAGGAAGACUGCGGUGGAGAACCACAAUGAUCUGCUUAGCACCUAAGCAGCAGAGUGGUUAUCUCAUUACACACACCUUCUCUUCUUUUCUCUCCCCUCAAGUCUCUUUUGCUUUUUGCCAGCAUUUUGUGCUGUUGACCAAGUUGCCACAUGCCAGAUCUGCCUGCUUGUAGCUUUAUGUUUUGUUCCUGGAGGCGUUUUAAAGAGACGCUGUGGUUAGGACGGGCACUCCCUUCCUGCACAGUCAGUUAAAACUCCUCCAAGUAUUACCGCCCUUAAACUUGACUGAUUUUGUUUUGCUCUAAGUAACCACACUGAAGUCAGUGACACGGUGAGGAGCUCUAAGGUGAAUGAUGUCUUUCUAUGGACCAUAACCUGAUUUACGUCUAUUUACUGAAGUAUCAGUUAAUAACCAACUUGUACAAGUUAGUUAUUGCAGCUGCCAGUUUGUCACUUUCUAAAAAUAUAUUUGUUCCAGUAAUGUUUAAAACAAAGUAAUUGGACUAUCUUUUUUUUUAACAGUCUGAAAAAAGUGCGAGAAGGUGCUACAUCCGCCACGUGUGUCUGAAAUGUGCCUUGUAUGGAAGUUUGUCUUAAAUGCUUUGCCUUUGUGGGAAGCAGAAUGCACAGAGAUCAUUUUUAAAUGUUUUGUUGAUGCUUAAUAUCUUUUUAGUUUUGUGAUUUUAUUUUUGCUUCAUGUUUUAUUUGUUUUCAGUCCAGUCGACAGUUUAAAUUUGGGAGCAAUUAGUUUGAGCGUAACCCAAACCAAUCAUCAACUGUUUAUGAAUUCUUUAUGGGCUGAAGAGUCAAUAGCAUUUCCAUUCAGUGUUGUUUUUCCCAUCCAUCCAAAGAUGCACUUUAUGGUUUCUCCUAUACAUCAGCAUCGACUAAAUAUAGUAAACAAGCAUAGUUAUGGUGUUUGAUUUCACUUCAAACCUGAUUUCUUUUUAAGUUCAGAGAGUAUGAUUUCAAUUUUGUUUCAUAUUUAUUCUCGAUAUUACACCUGAGAUCUUCCUCAUUGUCAGUGUUUUGGUUCAUUUUGUAGAAAGGAAAAAAAAAACUAUGUUUAAUGAAUUCUCAAGUAAAGAGGUAAAAAUGAAACACCAAAGUAUGGUUUACAUUUUGUACUAUCUUGUCAUUUUCAAGUGCCUUCGUCAUUUCAAGUGUUAAAUGUAAAGAGAAAUGUUAUAUUUCUGUCCCUUUUGUCUUUAUUUCUGCUGUCUUUGUGCCCCGACACGUCCAACACUCCAUGCACUGUAACGCUCUGGGCCUCUAACUUUCCCUGCCUCGGCUCACAACGACCAAUCACCUGCAGCGGCUCCCUCUAAAGAGCUUUGUGUUUUUAUUCUGCAUUGUGUUGCUGAGAUGUAAAAUCAUAACGACGACGAUAAAGAUAAUUGUGGAUGACUAUUCUGUGUCUUUAACGGUUUUCUUCUUUAAAUCAGAAUGUGCAAUCGCAAUUUAACAAUUAAACUUUGUGGGGUUUUAUCAAAUUAUACAGAAAAUGAACCAAUGAUUGCAAUUUAUCAAGUAGGGAAAAAAUUCCAAUCAAAGAUGACUAACAGACAAAUGGCUGAAAAAUUAUUGGUAUAUUAAACGAUUAGUUGAUAAACAGAAUAUUUCUUAUGUCAUAAGAAACUGAAAAUUGGUUAGUUAAAAAAUAUUUAAAUAAUUAAUUUGGGGCUUUGGGAAAUUGGGAUCUGCUUUUUUUUCAAUUAAUUGAUUACCAGAGCAAAUAAUGAAUAAAUAAUACUAAUGACUGUUGGUUUAAUUCUCUUAAGUGUUAAUUCCCCUUAAUAAUGAAGAAGAUGCAAUCUUUGGCGACAUCUUGAAAAAUCCUUGAGGGAAACAACUAAUUGUUUUCAUUAUCUAUUUAUCUGUUGGUUGUUUUUCUAUUAAAUAAUUAAUUGUUUAUCAGAAAGUGGUAGAGAAAAAGCUCCUCAUAUUGCCUGUCUUGUCUGACCGACACAGACUUGAAUUCAAACACAUCAAACAAAAAAGCUCAAGAUCAUUACAUGCUUUAAAAAUGCAUAAACAAAAUGUCUUAAUUUCAAAUGACAAGACAGCAACAUUGUUUUCCACAAAUUUUAUAUCAACAGACCAGUUAGAGCAUUACCAUGACAUUAUAAUCCUUUGGUAUCAGGAAGUUGAGGUUAUGAUGUAACUCCUUAGGAAGUUGCCUAUAAAGUAGAUUUCCCUGCAGUUUAAAAUGUUUACAGCCCUUCUGGAUUACUUCAGUAGUGAGGUGUCAACAGGGAGCGAACCACAGGAGAGCUUGGCUCCUUUAACAAGACGUGAGCUCCCUUGAAAACAUGAUGUGUGAAAAUCUUGGGGGUCUCUAAAACACUAUGCUAUUUUUGCCAUGCAUUUCUGUUUUUUCUGUGGUGAAGAGGUAGCUGAGCCGGAAGGCAAAGCUUUCGAUUUACUGGUCCAUCUACGUCCCAACCCUCACCUAUGGUCAUGAGCUCUGGGUAGUGACCGAAAAAAUGAGGUCGCGGAUACAAGUGGCUGAAAUGAGUUUCCUCCGUGGGGUGGCUGGGCUCAGCCUUAGAGAUAGAGUGAGGAGCUCGGACCCCCGGAGGAAGCUUGGAGUAGAGCCGCUGCUCCUUCACGCCGAAAGGGGUCAGUUAAGGUGGUUCAGGCAUGUGAUCAUGAUGUCUCCUGGGCGCCUCCUGCUGGAGGUGUCCCGGGCACAUCCCACUGGUAAGAGGCCCCAAGGUAGACCCAGAACAUGCUGGAGGGAUUACAUAUCUUGUCUGGCCUGGGAACACCUUGGGGUCCCCCAGGAGGAGCUGGAAAGCGUUGCUGGGGAGAGGGACGUCUGGGGUGCUUAGCUCGGUCUGCUGCCACCGCAAACCUGGCCCCGGCUAAGCGGAUGAAAAUGGAUGGAUGGAUUUCUGUUUUUCUGUAUCUUCAUCAUCAUGGAUCAUGCAUAAAAUUAGGUUACUGUGUAUGUGUGACUGGUUUAAGAUGAAUUAGAAGGUACUGUGCUUAUUUGUAUGUGGUCUGCAAUUUUAACCCUUGUUGAUGAGGACUUCACCCCUUGUAGGUAGCCUGGUGUGCUAGGUUCUUAAUUUAGUGUUUUAUAUACUUAAAUACUAUGCUAGCAUUUUUCACAGAUCUAAGACUUGUUUUCAUGCACUCAAUGAAUAUAUUUCACUCAAAUUCUGGUCACAACUUUGUCGCAGUAAAAGGCCACUCUAAAAUGUGCAGUUUGAUCACACAACACAAUUUUUAGUUUUAAGGCAGCGUCCCAUUGGCACGCUGACUGCAGGAAUGUCCAGCAGGGCCUUUGCUCAUGAGCUGACUGUUCAUUACACAACCAUAAGUCGUCUCCAAUGUCAUUUCCAUUAAUUUGGCAGUACAUUCAAUCGGCCUGACCACAUGUAGCCACAUCAGCUCAGGACCUCCACCUGCAAGAUCGUCUGAGACCAGCCGCCCGAACAGCAACUGAUUUGCACAAAUAAUUUCUGCACAAACCAUCUGAAACUACCUUAGAGAAGCUCCACUGGAGACGACUUAUGGAAGUGAAAUGAAUAUUAAGUUAACAGGCAACAGCUCUGGUGAACAUUCCUGCAGUCAGCAUGCCAAUGGGAUGCUCCCUCAGAUGGUUACAGUAUGUUUGGUAUUGAUAGGUUGACUCAGUGGUGUAGUGGUAGUUAAUGAGGUGGUUGUACUACAAGUUCGAUGGGUUGGUUACAGAGGAGGAAGUGGGUAUACUCUCCUAUAUAUCCAACCGGUCAGAGAAAGUAUACGCUGACAUAAAGCAAGUUGGCCCUACAUGCUUGCAGCCAUAAAUUCUUGCAACAAGGUCACGGCCAGUCGUCCUCUCUUUGAGGCGAGUGAAAGCCAGACAGCCAGACUUUUAUGUCUGUAGGUUGUAAUAUCUGGGCUUACUCCUGUGCUAAACUUUCUGUCUUACAUGAAAAAGUAUGGUGCAGUACAAGGGACAAAAUCAAGACUUCCGAGAAGUGCCUCAAUCCUGGCAUCACGUCGUCCUAAUUCCCCUUGACAUUUUGAGGACAAGAACAAUGUUGUUAUUCAUAGAGUGUGAAGUCCUUUCUUGGGGUCAAACAACCAAUGAUACAUCUUGUAAUGCAGGAGCUGAGUGCCUCUCACUGGUGACACCAACAUAAACAAACUGUCUCGGAGAUAUUCAGUCGCCGUGGAAGUGGGGCAAACGCAGUCUGGCAUGAGCACCAUCCAUCAGUCAAUGGUUCCACUGGUGUAGAGUAGACCUGAAGGCACCAUGGGGCUAUUACAAUAUCAGAUGGCACAGUGUAGUGGUGACACACUGAGCAGCAACUGGCUGGCACACUUUUGGGAGGCAGGCCGAUGCCAACAAUCUUUCCAAUGUUUCUAAAAUCAUCUCGGAGUGAAAGAGUUGGUCGCCAUCCAGCCUCAAACUUUGACAGCAGCUUCUUUUUCCAUCCAUCCUAAAAGGAAAGCAGUUCUUGUUUCGUCCCUCUUCCUCUUCAACUUUCCCCUACAGUAUUUUGGCUGUAACCUAAAAGGCCUCCUUGGCUAAUUGCAUAUGGAGUGGGAUCACUUUACCCCGGUGCCCUGCCCUUCAGCCUCCACACUUCUUGUCACUGGCAGCCUCGCUGUAACAAUCUCCAUUUUAAAGCGGUAGGGUCAAUUUCCACCCUGCUCUCGCAUCUGGCUCUGCAAUUUAAUUGCUAAUGCGUCUCCUGUUUCUGCUGCUCCAGCGUCUGGGCUUUCCUUAACACGCCCCCCUCCUGUGUCCAGUCUUACUCCUCCUCCUUAAAUCUUUUUUGCCUUUCCUUUCACAUUACGUUUCCCAUCCUUCCUGUGUUGCCUUUUCAGCCUUGUGUAAUGAAUAAGCUCAGUGUCGCCUGAGGUGCUUGAGUUAUACGGGUGUGAAGUCUAAUUGGUGACAGCGGUGGAGGUCCUUGUGACAGCAGAACAAAAGCUGUGGGGUGUUUGAUUCACUUGUGAACUGUGUAGACCGUUAUUCAAUUCCUGCUUAAGUAUUAAUAAAGGCUUUACACGCCAGGGGGAGGUCGCAAGGUGCAAGUGUAUGCUUGUGUAUCUUGCAUGUGUAUGUAUGUGUGUGUGUGCAGGAAGCUAAUUUGUGGGCUGCUCAUUUUUCCUGGGAUGAUCAUUAGAAGAGGGGGACAGUAAAGACUUUGGUAACUGAUGACUGUCUUAUGUAACCUGAGUAAUAAGGAACCUCGGAGGGAGCACGGAUGGAGGUGCUAUGAAAGCUUUUCAAAGGUUUGGACGGGUGGUGGACAGACUGCAGAGACACACACCUGAUGACAAUUAAGAAUGUCAUCACCAUCAUCUCAAGAGCACAUGUGCACACACGCCUGUCCUCCUCCUAGAGUGGUGGUGCUGAACUGACAAGGGAACAGUUGAAGAGGGAUCAGCAGUCAUCAUCAGCCACAUGGAUCAGGCUUCUCAACCCGCCCCGCCGCCGUUUGAGGUGGACGUGGACCUCGGCUUCGCUCUCUUCUUCCUCUUCCUCCUGUGCUUCUUCCUGCUGGUGACAGUGGUGCGCUGCGCCCAGACUGUGGUGGAUCCUUAUGGCUCCAUCUCCACCUCCACCUACCAGGAGGAGCAGAUCACCUGAGAGAGAAGAGGAGGUGAAAUCAGUCAGGAGCAGGACUCUGCAGGACUUUUACUGCUGUAUAAAUAUAUAUCUUUUGAUAAUGCAGCUUUGAAUGGAUCUGAAGUCUACGUCCCAGGCCACUCCUGAACAAAGAGGAGUCAUCAUUACACUCUGUUGGAAGUCACAAGACAUGUAUCAGGUUGUGUGUGUGUGUGUAUCUGUCUUAAAUACCCUUCAGAUAACUCACGGGUGGAUUACUGAGCGGACCUACUUAGAACACUCCAAGGGGCCGAAGGCAUCAAGAUGCAGUCAGAGAGCUCAGUCAAAAAUAACAAUGGCCUGAUGACGUGUAUUUGUCCUUGAUAAUGAUCUGAGUCUAUUAAUAUUGAGCAAAUCAUAGGAGCAAUUAUAUUCUUAUUUUUUUAUUUGAUUCUUUAUUUUUUAUAUAUAUGUGUGUGUGUGAGGCAGGACUUAAUUAGAGGGUGUUAACAUUCUUAACAUUUCAUGACCUUUUUAAGUCCCAGCUCUGUGUCAGCGUUGGCUUUGUCAGGUUCAUUUAAGUUACUUUUAUUUGUAUAGCACAUUUCAUAUAGAGGUAAACUCGACUGUUAUUGUGCUCAACAAUAACACAUAGAAAACAAACAAAUGACAUGGAAAACAAAUAAAGUACUCCACAUAAAUAAAAAUAACCCUUUCGGAUGCGUACAAUGCAUACACUCAUAUCAAAUACAUUUUUUUAAUAACCACUGUCCCUCCAGGGCUGUUUUAAAAAAGUUGAUGAUGUCCUGAGCCAUUUUCAUGUCAAUAUUAACACCAGCAUUGAUGUCUUUUAUGACAGUGCGGUCAUAUCAUUUA